AAAAUAAUAUAAAGGGUAGCACGGUUGAGAUUACAGUUGCUUAUUAGAACCACACGAUUGUUGAUUUACACGAUUGUUAAUUUGUUUUAGCCUUUUAGGCGCAGAGGACAGGAAUCGAAGUGGAAACUGGGUCGAUAUCCGAGCAGGCACGCCAAGUAAACUGAAGGCGGAGUUUUCCAUCAGUUUCAGAUUAAGAAGGUAGGAGAAUCAAAUCGGCCGAGAAAGUUGUGAGUGCCAAACACUGCCUCGUAGAUUCGUUGUAUCUCGUAUUGAUCAGCGUUCUGGUUAUUUAUUAGCCCGAUCGGUCAAUAGCGGUAGGGUUUAUCUGUGUUCUCUGCGAAUAGUGAAUAGCUAUCUAGUUACCAUGUCUUCCGGGUCAAGCGUGAAAGAAACAUUGGGCGACCUCAACAGGGAUUCAUUCGUGUCCCUUCUGACGAAGCUCAUUGGCGAAUCCAAGUUCGUGCAGAACAACCCGCCGGACCUCAUCCCGGAAGAAGACAGAGUGGUUAAACACGUCUUGGAUGCUCUUCUCCCUUGGAGCACCAAAACAGGCGGCGGACCUUUGCUCAUCAAUCACGUCACUUAUUUCCCCGGCAGAGGUAAUCUUAUUAUCGAGUACCCUGGAACCGUACCUGGCAAAAUCAUCUCUUUCGUCGGAUGCCACAUGGACGUCGUCACUGCUAAUUCUAACGAAUGGGAUUUUGAUCCAUUUACACUGAGUGUCGAUGGGGAUAAACUUCGGGGUCGUGGAACCACUGAUUGCUUGGGACAUUGUGCCCUUGUAACUGAACUGAUGAGGAAGCUUGGGCAAGAAAAGCCUAAUUUGAAAUCAACUAUUGUUGCUGUUUUCAUAGCCAAUGAAGAGAACUCUUCCAUAUCUGGGGUUGGUAUAGAUGCACUUGUGAAAGAUGGCCUUCUCAACAAGUUAAAAGAAGGACCUCUGUUUUGGGUUGACACAGCAGAUAAACAACCUUGCAUAGGUACUGGUGGUAUGAUACCUUGGAAACUCCAUGUCACAGGGAAACUCUUUCAUAGUGGAUUAGCUCAUAAGGCCAUAAAUCCACUGGAGCUAGCAAUGGAAGCACUAAAGGAGAUCCAAUCGCGAUUUUACAGAGACUUCCCACCACAUCCUCAGGAGCAGGUCUAUGGAUUUGCAACUCCUUCAACCAUGAAACCAACCCAAUGGAGUUAUCCUGGGGGUGGAAUCAAUCAAAUUCCGGGUGAAUGUUCCAUUUCAGGAGAUGUCAGGUUAACUCCAUUCUACAAUGUGAAGGAUGUGAUGAAUAAGCUACAAGAAUAUGUCGAUGAUAUUAAUGACAACAUAGAGAAGCUAGAAACGAGGGGUCCAGUUUCAAAAUAUGUGGUUGCAGAUGAAAACUUAAGGGGAAGCCUAACUCUAACUUUUGACGAGGCUAUGUCUGGAGUUGCCUGUAAUAUUGAUUCCAGAGGUUUUCGUGUAUUAUGCAAAGCAACUGAGGAAGUAGUUGGGCACGUAAAGCCUUACUCAAUUACUGGGACUUUGCCCCUUAUUCGAGAAUUGCAGGAAGAAGGUUUCGAUGUGCAAACUUGUGGCUACGGUCUAAUGGCAACAUAUCAUGCUAAGAACGAGUACUGCCUCUUUGAAGACAUGUCGCAGGGAUAUGGAGUGUUUGCGAGCAUCAUUGCUCAGUUGGAAGAUUGACAAUUGUAGCGGAUUCCAGAAUAACUGUCGCAUCCCUUGGGAUGUGAAUUUUAUUCUUCUCUCUCUGAAACAAUCUAGUAAAUGUAGCAAACCAGUUCUCAAUAUCUGCUCUGAUGAUGUACUUUACUUAUAGUCUUGGCGGGGUACUUUAGAGUUUCGUGUGAGCGUGCAGGUUAGAUUUUUAGCUCGAAAAUACUGUGUUGCAGCCUUAGGGCAAUUUUCUGUCCUUUUUGUCCUUGAUAAUUUAAGGUGGAGAAGGUUCUGAUUAUAUAAAAAUGAACUAGAUAAGGAGAACUAUUAUUUUAUCAUUAAUAUUAUCUAUUGAUUUAUUGA